UACGGUCAGACGUCGUGUGUGGACACAGAAGAGGGAGGCGAGCAGGAGGACGGCAUGGCGAGUUCUUGGCUGCUCGGCGGCAUUACUCCCCGCGUCAGUGCAUUCAACGCGGCUCACCAAACCCCUUCCAUUCGCUAGCUUCCCCGCAAUAACUCCCCACCUUAAUUCCCUUCGCCAUCCGUCUCCAGUGUCCACUCUCCCUGUCGCUCUCCCAGUCCAGUCCCACUCUUCUUCUUCCUCCUCCACCUCCUCCUGCUCCGCUGUCUAACUGUGCAGUGCACCGACGUCGCUGCCGCGGCAGCAGCAUCGUGGUGCUACUAUUACCUGUGCUGUGCAUUAAUAACGGCCGGCACUGCGCGCAUGCCCCGGAUGCUCUUUGCCCCCCGCGGGAGGAAACUGGAAUCCCAAUCAAUCCGGACCCUGUGCACGCAGCAUUCUCUGCUCAUAUAAUGCCCAUGCGGCGGCGUGCCCGGACUGAUGCGUUUCUGCGGUAGGUAGCUACUAGUAGGUAGUAGAGGUGGGCAUCUGGCAUGGCCUCGAUCCAAGGGAAGAUGGAGCAGCAGGCAGGAGGAGUGGUCGGAGAACAAGGACCGUGCGAGGAUGGUGCCAAGAACGGCGACCCGGUUCCUGAGUCGGCGUCCAAGCCCCCCACCGUGCCGCAUCACCGGCGAUCCAAGAGCGCUUCUUCUUCUGGUAGGAACCAGGAGCCGUGCAAGCAUGGCGGCGGCGUGGAGCACCGCUUCCAUCAAGCACAGAACCCGCCGGACGCGAGGAAACCUUCUUCUCACGACGCGGCAGGAGGCUCGGCGGCGGCUCACCGGAGGCCGCCGAGGGAUCGCCAGCCGUGCGCGGCGGCUGCGCCGCCGAACCACCGGGUGUCGCUGGAGAACGACGUUUCGCAGCUGCAACUCCAUCUGCAUCAGGAGAGGUCAAUCCGGAUCAUGCUUGACCGGGCCAUCGGCCGGGCCUCCAGCACUCUAUCUCCUGGCCACAGGCACUUCCCAGCUCAGACGAAGGAGCUGAUAGCGGAGAUCGAAUUGCUCGAAGAGGAGAUCGCGAACCGUGAACAGCACGUCCUCUCCCUCUACAGGAGUAUAUUCGAUCAGUGCGUGUCCGGGCCUUCGUCGGGACAGAGUUCCGGCAUUUCCUCCCCAGCUCACACCAAGAGCGUGAGCUCGAGUACGAGGCGGUCGAGCAUAAUCUCAAGUGCAUUUUGCUCAUCGAAGAAGCUGCCCCUUCAACCUUUCCAGAUCAUGUCAUCAGUGUCGGAGUCAGGGAAAACGAAGAACAUGCUCAAGACCAAAAUCAAGCAUGAAUCUUUCUCGAGCGAAACAUUGGAUAUCCGUCCUAUUUCCCUUGCAUCAGAUCCAAGGAAGCUGCCUUAUUCAGGAAGCAGUUCGCUGGCACGUACUCUGAAAGAUCAUCUCUACCAAUGUCCAAGUAAGAUAUCUGAAGAAAUGGUUAGAUGCAUGGCCUCCAUAUACUGUCUUCUGCGCACCGAGUCACCAGAAAAGCCAGAAAAGGCCCGGUCGCCGUUCUUGUCAAGAUCAUCAACAAGUGUCAUUCUUCCCCGGAGGGGAAAUGCUGAAGAAAAUAAUAAUCCUCCAACCAACAAAAGCAUUGUUGAAGUAUGCUCAAUAUCGGUUGAAAAGAAUCAGAUGCCAGAUGUCUCUUGUGCAAUUACCCACUACAGGUUGCUUGUGGAGCAGCUUGAAAGGGUUGAUCUGAGUAUGUCAGAUAGCAGUAUCAAACUGGCCUUUUGGAUCAAUAUGUACAAUUCUCUUGUCAUGCACGCAUAUCUAGCAUACGGAAUCCCAAACAGUUCUCUGAAAAGAAUGGCUCUAUUUCACAAGGCUGCCUACAAUAUUGCUGGUCAUGCUGUCACCGCCAAUUCCAUCGAACACUCCCUGCUAUGCUGCAGAUCCCCACGGAUCGGUCGUUGGUUCGAAUCCAUCCUGUCGACGGCGAUGCGGAAGAGAUGCGCGGACGAGAAGCAGCUGGUCCAGCUCAACUUCGGGCUGCCGGACUGCCAGCCUCUGGCCCUGUUCGCCCUGUGCACCGGUGCCGCCUCCGACCCCAUGCUGAAGGUGUACACGGCGAAGAACGUGGCGGUGGAGCUGGAGCGGGCGAAGCGGGAGUUCCUGCAGGGCAGCGUGGUUGCGCGGAAGCCGAGGAAGGUGCUCCUGCCGCGCCUCGUCGAGCGCUACGCCAGGGAGGCCGGACUCGCCGGCGGAGACGGCGGCGUCCUGGCGUGGGCGCGGGAGAACGUGGACGGCCGCGCCGCGCAGGACGCCGUCCAGCGGUGCGCCGCCGCCGCCGGAGGUCGGCGGGCCGUCGAGUGGCUGCCGUACAACACCCGGUUCCGCUACGCCUUCGCCAGGAGCGUGGUCGACAAGGCCGCCGUGCUGCCGUCCUAGCAUGGCGUUGGCGUAGCGUGCGUGCAGCCGGUGCAAAACCACGGAUGCCUCGUGGACCGUGUCGCCAUUGUUCCGCCAUGGAGAAGAGGAUGAUGAUCAUAGACAGAAAGACGAUGACGAUUGAUGAGGAUGCGGACCGGGACUAGCUUAUAGUAUUACUAGUAUGCUUCCUACGCUGUACAGAGAUCGCGUAGGAUUUGCUGCUGCUUCGAUGAGUACCAUACCAUGAAGAUCGAUAAUGAUUGAUUUUCCAGCAUUGCUGGCGAUAUAACUCUGAGGGUUCCUCCAGGAUGCUCGAUUCCCAGCUUC